CAAACGGAGGGUUUAUUUUUUGGACGAUGACGAUGGUGUAACUGCAAUUUACUGCAUAGUAAGAAAAGAAAAGAAACAUUAAUGGCGAUGAUGGCAAAGACGUGGCCAAUCCGCGGUGAGCUGGCCCCACUCCCUCAUCUUGCAAAGGCAUCUACGGUUUGAUUCCGUUGCAAUCAAUGCAUCUAAUCCUUUCCUCUCGGACCUCUUCAAACUAUUAAUCCCCAUUUUUUUCAUCUCUCAUUGUCAAUUCUCAACCCACUCCCUUCCACAUGUCGUCCAAGCAGACCUACCGUGUGUGCUUCUGCUUCCGCCGCCGCUUCCGCCUCGCCGCCUCCGAGGCGCCGGCCGACGUCAAGGAGAUGUUCACUAAGUACUCCGACAACGGCCUCAUGGACGCCGAACACCUGCGCCUCUUCAUGGAGGAGGUCCAGGACCAGAAGGAUGCCACCGUGGAGGACGCGCAGGCCAUUAUCGAUAGCCUCAAGCACCUCAAUAUUUUUCAUCGCCGCGGCCACGGCUUCAAUCUCGAGGGUUUCUUCAAGUACUUGUUUGCUGAUGAUAAUCCGCCAAUUAACGCGAAGCGUGGGGUGUACCAGGACAUGACUGGUCCUCUUUCUCAUUAUUUUAUAUACACGGGCCAUAAUUCCUAUCUGACGGGGAAUCAACUAAGUAGUGAUUGUAGUGAUGUUCCCAUUAUAAAUGCAUUGCACAGAGGUGUCAGAGUUAUUGAAUUGGACAUAUGGCCGAAUUCCGCUGGUGAUAAUGUCAAUGUACUCCAUGGACGGACGCUAACCACUCCUGUUGAGCUCAUCAAAUGUUUGAGGUCAAUCAAGGAAAAUGCAUUCGUUGCAUCUGAAUAUCCCCUUGUAAUAACAUUAGAAGAUCAUCUUACUCCAGAGCUUCAGGCUAAAGUGGCUGAGAUGAUCAAUCAAACAUUUGGAGACAUCCUGUUUGCCCCUGGUUCAGAAUGUUUGAAAGAUUUUCCUUCCCCAGAAUCUCUGAAGAAAAGGAUUAUUAUAUCUACCAAACCACCAACAGAGUACUUAAAGGCCAAGGAUGUUAAAGUAAAAGAGAGUGACUCAAAAAAAGAAAAGGAUGAUGAAGCCUGGGGAAGUGAGCCCAAUUAUUAUCAAUCUAGAGCGGACGACAAGGAUGAUGAAUAUGGGGAGGAUGAUGAAGAUGACGAAGAGGAUGCUCAGGAACAGCAAAAUGAAGCCCCAGAAUAUCGACAGUUGAUUGCUAUUCAUGCUGGAAAGGGGAAGGGUGGAAUGAAGGACUGGUUGAAGGUUGACCCUGAUAAAGUGAGACGUCUUAGCUUGAGUGAGCAAGAGCUUGAGAAGGCCAUUGAAGAUUAUGGAAAAGAUAUUAUCAGGUUUACUCAAAGGAACUUGCUUAGAGUAUACCCUAAAGGUAUACGUUUUGAUUCAUCCAAUUACAAUCCUCUCAUUGCAUGGUCACAUGGAGCCCAAAUGGUUGCAUUCAACAUGCAGGGUUAUGGAAGAUCGCUUUGGGUGAUGCAUGGCAUGUUCAGGGCCAAUGGUGGUUGUGGAUAUGUUAAAAAGCCUGACAUUUUGUUGAAACCUAAUGCAUAUGGCGAGGUCUUUGAUCCUAAUGCAUCAUUACCUGUUAAAACAACUUUGAGGGUGACUGUGUAUAUGGGUGAAGGAUGGUAUUAUGACUUCCGUCAUACGCAUUUUGAUACUUAUUCUCCUCCAGAUUUCUAUGCUAGGGUUGGCAUUGCUGGAGUGCCUGCUGAUACCGUCAUGAAGAAAACAAAGACACUCGAAGAUAAUUGGAUACCGACUUGGGAUGAGGCGUUUGAGUUCGAACUAAGAGUUCCAGAACUGGCAUUACUUCGAAUUGAAGUUCAUGAGUAUGAUAUGUCUGAGAAGGAUGAUUUCGCUGGCCAAACCUGCCUGCCGGUAACGGAGCUCUGCCAAGGUAUCCGAGCUGUUCCACUUCACAACCGCAAGGGGGUCAAGUACAACUCUGUGAAGCUUCUCAUGCGGUUUGAGUUCGUCUGAUCUGCAAUGUCUCUUUUCUUUUGGCUGGGGAUUAGUCAACCAUGUACGUGUUGUAUAUAUAAAGAAAAACAUGGUGUAGUUCCUUGUUGAACUCUGUUUUAUCGGAUUCUUUAACUCAUGUACAGGACUCUUUUGGGUGUGUGUGUGAGUGUGAGUUCGGCGUCAGAUGCAAAUUUGAGCUUGUUUAAUAGCGUUGCUUUGCUGUAAUGAAUAUCUAUGUAAAAUAUCACACGAGGCGUUUGAUGCCUUCUUGUCUC